GAUUUUUUUAAUAAUAUUGCAGUUUUUCACAAGUAUGAGUGAACUUAUCUCCACAGUAGUCCUGUAAGGAAAUAUACGAUUGUACAUAUACAGAAUCAGAUGUCACAAGUUCAUUCCUUCACACAAAUGCUUUUACUCCUUUCACAUUCUCUUCACUAUAACACAGAUUUUCAGUCUGUUCACUUGAGACUUCAAUCCCAUCUCACAAGCUCACCUCUGCCUUUAAGUUCAGCCAGCUGAAUUUCCCCAUAUUUUCCCAACCCCUCUGCCAUUUCCCAAUUCCAGACUCACAGUCUAUUUAACAAACUGCUGAUCUACAUUUUCUCUUUUAACUGCAGUGUAAUUAGCCAAGCACACCUAGCUGCCCUGAAGCCUAGUCUCUCUGCAGUCUCCUUUGUGAAGCAGCGUCUGGAUCCUUCCAAGCCUGUCCCACCAUUACAGCUGCACAAGAGUACUUCUUCAUAUAUACCUCAUUGCAUCUUCCUGGCCUUAGCUUUACCUGCUCUGUACUGACUUGGACUACUUUCUCCAUCCUACAUUGCAGUGAAUUGCUUUCUCUUUCACGUGGCCAUGCUGCAGGCAGCACAAAACAGGAGCUCCUUCCUCAAUUUUCCAUCUAGCCAGUCUAGAAUUGCCUGGACUACAGCUGAUAAGUGCCUGCCAAAAGACGCCAUGAUGGGGAAAGUGCCUCUCCUGGUAGUCCUGAGCCAAGGUGGUGUUUUCACUCACUCAGUGGGGACAGAAAUGUAAACACUGAUGUGGACUGGCAGAAAGUCUGCCAUCACCUCCUUUUAGAGCAGGGAAAAAAGUGCUUUGUUAGAAAUACAAGAACUAUGGAGCAUGGCAAAUGAGAGAUCUCACCGCAGAGAACUUUCAAUAAAAAACAGCACAAGAUAAACAGCAGCUAAGGACAACAGGGGCCCACCCCAGUUACAGUCUGGCAAAAUGAACACAAUCUUUACACAAGGCACCGAGCAUACACUUCUUUUUAAAACGAUAUCUUUGCAAGCUUCAGGGUAGGGUUUUUGUACAAAACAAGGAAUAAGUUCUUCUCUAUGUACUCAGGUGUCACACUAAAUUUCCUCUCGGUGAAGACACAGCGGCUUUCUACAGGACUACUGCAUUUUUGCAUUUUUGGGGCUUUUGCUACAGGACUACUGCGGGCCCGAGCUGCAACGUGAGGGCAGAGGAGAUGCGCAAGGGCUGCCAGUGUGCUGGCAGCUGGUGGAAGCGACACAUCGCCUGUUCUUAGUGCUGCACUAGCAGAAACCGAGAGGGUGAAAAAACCAAGUUGGCUUCAAUUACACCACGCCGCGUUUAAAUGUACGCUCCUUGCAGGUGAUGGAGCGCCUCGCUGACCACCGGACACGCCUCCAGCACGGCUCCCUCGGCCAGGGCUGCCGCAAGCCACCUCAGAGACUCGCGGUCGGGGCUGCGAGACGCCCUCAGCACCCGCUCACAGCCACCCCGCGCCCGCCCGGCCCGGAAGUUCCCCGCAGGCGGCGAGGGGCCGCCUUCCUGCCGGCGCGGCUCCUCCCCCGGCCGGGCAAUAUGGUGGCGGAGGCGGCGUUCGGGGAGCCGUGAGCCGGUGCCCGCUCCGCGCCUCCCUGCUGGGGGCGGCCGCUACUGCUGCUUCUCCCCCCCCCCUCACCCACCCACCCCGCCCGGCGGCUCUGCUCUGCCCGGCGCGUUGGCGAUGGGGCCGGCGGGCCGUGUCUGAGCGCGCUGCCCAUGUGGGUGUCCCGGUGAGGCCGGGAGCGAGCGGGAAGAUGCUGCUGUCGUUGGUGCUGCACACAUACUCCAUGCGUUACUUCCUGCCCGCCGCCGUCAUGAUGGGCACGGCGCCCACCUACGUGCUGGCCUGGGGCGCCUGGCGCCUGCUCUCCGCCGUCCUCCCCGCCCGCUUCUACCGCGAGGUGGACGACCGCCUCUACACCAUCUACCAGAGCAUGGUGCUCUUCUUCUUCGAGAACUACGCGGGCGUGCAGGUAAUAAUCUAUGGGGAUUUGCCAAAAAAUAAAGAAAACAUAAUAUAUUUAUCAAAUCAUCAAUGUACAGUUGAUUGGAUUAUUGCAGACAUGUUGGCAAUUAGGCAGAAUGCACUUGGGCAUGUCCGAUAUGUUUUGAAAGAUGGAUUAAAGUGGCUUCCAUUGUACGGGUGGUAUUUUUCACAGCAUGGAGGAGUCUAUGUAAAAAGAAGUGCCAAAUUCAAUGAAAAAGAAAUGAGAGGGAAGUUGCGGGCCCAGAUGAAAGCUGAGACUCCGAUGUAUUUAGUGAUUUUUCCAGAGGGGACCCGUUACAAUCCAGAGAUACCAAAAGUCAUUGCAGACAGUCAAUCAUUUGCUGAAAAAGAAGGACUUGCUGUAUUGAAGCAUGUGCUAACGCCACGUGUGAAGGCAACUCAUGUAGCAAUCGACACAAUGAAAGACUAUCUGGAUGCAGUGUAUGAUGUGACUGUGGCAUAUGAAGGUACUGUGGACCACAAGGGACAGAGAAAACUGGCACCAUCUAUGACAGAGUUUCUUUGCAAGGAAUGCCCAAGAGUUCAUAUUUUCAUUGAUCGAAUUGAACUGAAGGACAUUCCAGAAGAGCAGAUGUAUAUGAGAAGGUGGCUUCAUGAACGUUUUGAAAUAAAGGAUAAGUUACUAAUAGAGUUUUAUGAUGCAAAGGAUUCUAAAAGAAGAAACAAGUUCCCUGGAAAAAGUGUUCAUUCCAAAUUAAGCCUCAAGAAAACUUUGCCAUCUUUGCUGUUUCUAGGUGGCCUGACUGCUAGUAUGCUUCUGACAGAAUCUGGAAGGAAACUUUAUGUAAAAACGUGGAUAUAUGGGACUCUAAUUGGCUGCCUGUGGGUUAGCAUUAAACCAUAAGCAGAUGUUGUCUCCGGUCAGUAUGAUGUGCUGUCUUUUCUUGCACAUUGCACCAAACUUUUUCCCAAAUUUAUAGUAAAAACGUGUAAAUAAAGCCUUAUCGACUGAACAUUGGAAAUAAUAGAAUUUGUGACCUAACCCUCUGUGUGGUUGGUCUGGGGAAAACAAAUGUAGUUUUUCAAAUUUGCUACUCAUUUUUGCUGGAAUAACGGCAGAUAAACUGGGUCGUAUGAUAAAUGGCUUUCCCUAUGAACUAACACCCAUCUCUAUCUGCAGAUGAAGUAUGAGUUAUGCGUAAGGGUGUCUUAAGUGGACCUGUGAAUGUAUUUACAGAGAUUAAUUUAGGUUAUAUAUUUAUUCUUCUGAUAUUCAUGUUGAAUUUUUGUUACUCCUUGGUGCAUUGCAGCAGCUCAGUUGCAUCUGCCCCAGCUGAAUCGCAAGUAAAAUCAAAACCUUUUUUUCUCUGGAAUUUUGUUUUUCAGUUUCAACUAAAUACUGUGUUCUCAGAAAGGGCCUGGAAAGCUGGCAAAUCAUGAGACGCUCCCUAAAGCAGAAUAAAACAUUGAUGGGGAAGGAGCUCUGUUUAUCUAGUGCAUGAUUUUUGAUUCUAUUGCAGUAUUAGCCGAUUAUUUUACAUAUGCAAAACAUAAACCUUACUGAGCAAACAGCUUAUUUUGCGCACCCUGUAUCUGUGCAUAAAAGGAAUGUGUGCAGUAUAAUGACAUGGUUUUUUAUUUUGUGGCCUAGCCGGGCUGUAGCCCUCCUUGUGUCUGCGUUGCCCGCAGUGCGUGGGGCCUUCCAGCUGGGCUCACAGAUUCGCCAUGUCCACGUGCCAUAAGCAGCAGUGAGCGCUCACAACUCCCUGUUACCUCACCAGCGUUGGGUGUGAGCUGUGCCCUCUGUGUAACACGCAGACCCACGGUAGCUUCAGGAGCGUGGGUUAUGGUAGCAAGCAACCUUCAGGUGUCCCUGUGAAAUACGAAGCACGUGCCUUUUCCCGCUAGUCUGACUUAGCCUGAUGUCUCAUAAGCUGGCACCCAUCUCAGUGUUGUAGUAUCACAUUCGAUUUCCAAGGCAUCCCAGGCGAUGCAGAUUUCAGGGGGACUGAAGUUACAGGGUUGAUGAAUAAAACUUGCACAACAGUCUAGGAAUGAAAGAAAUGUGCAUCCUUUCACCUGCCUGUAAACGUACUUCUAAAAGCAGAAUCACCAAACCUUCACUAUCAGAAAGUCUGUGAUUGCCACAGCUGGGAUUUUUGUUGGGGAAAUGCCAUUUCCUGAUAUCAAGGGAAUUGUCCAUAUGUACAGCAACGGAGUAGGAAAGAGGAUGUAUUUUAGCUUCUUCCACUAAGGAAUCAGACUCCCUGUGUGAAAAUGAUGAAAGAACUAGAGAAUAUUUUUGUAUCACACUUGCAAGCUUUAAAUGUGCACCUCUUUUUUGCUUUGGUAUGAUUUGUAUUGCAUUAAAAUCCACAAUGAAUUAAAAUAUCUCUCUGAAGAUUAUAACUCCAUUUUUCAGAUUCCACCGUUGCCAAUUAAUUGGAGAUACUGCUUCUACUGCGGAUUUUGUUUCUUGUUGGCUUUUUCUUUGUUUGAUAGAAUGAUGACAGUUCCACCUUAAAAUCAUUUGGUACAGCUUUCAGGUUGCAGCUCUGUGUCCUCCCAUAAUGGAUUUUGUCACUGGAGUUAUUUAUAUCGGUGAUUGAUUCAGGAUAUGUUGAUGAACCAUGUUAAAAACAAUGACUGGGAACAAUGUAGAAAAACAGUAUUGUUAUGAGGCUGUGAAACCAGAAGAAAAAAAAAAAAGCCAUUUUAUGUAACAGCCAAAUGUGCUCACUUGUAGCUCUUCCUAUGCUCCUCUGACCAUUGCCAGUGAGUGUAACCUGAAGGCAGUGUUAUCGAGUUAGUUUGAUUUUGAAUCAUGGAAUGAAAUUCUACUCUGUCAUGAUUAAAUUUCUUUGUAGCAGCUAAGAAUAACAUUUAAUUACACAUCAGAAGUAUACGCAGACAGCUUAACUCAUUUGUAGAAAAAUAAAUGCUGUUCUGGAGAGCCUAAUUACCACAAAAUACUGGACCUCUCUUACUGUUUACUUGUCAGGAAUAUAAUUGACACAGUGCAACAAGCAGGAUGUUUAUUUUGAAUGUUACUUUCUAUGUUACUCUUAGUUGGUUUUUUUUUCCUUGCAAUUAAUUUAUAAAGUUUUGAAACUGUAAUUUGCUGAUGUAUUUGGCACUGGGAGUAUCACAUGCUAUUUCUAAAUAUGCACUGAUAUUAACUUGAAAUAUUUCUUCAUUAAAAUAAGAAGAGCUGAUGCUCAUUCAACUUU